GUCGCAGCACCCACCACAACAGCACCCUGGACAAACAGCAGACGAUCACUCUCUCACCAGCUGGCCUACGAGGAGGUCAUCAUGGCUACAGCUCGACUCUUACACUCAUUUAAGGGGGUUCGCGGCCUGAAUCUAUAUAGGCCCUAUAGCUCAGCAGCACCUAACACGAAACUGUUAAUCAAUGGCCAGUUCGUCGAGAGCAAAACCACAGAUUUCAUCGAUGUAAAUAAUCCGGCAACCAAUGAGGUGGUAACGAGGGUGCCCAAGUCUACACAGGCAGAGAUGCUGGCGGCCGUCGACUCUGCCAAGGAAGCGUUCAAGUCCUGGUCGGAAACGUCGGUCCUAACGAGGCAACAGCUGAUGUUUAAGUACCAACAGAUUAUUAAAGACAAUAUCCACGACCUAGCGAAGGCGACAUACCAACAAGGCAAGACGCUUGUUGACGCCGAGGGUGACGUCAUGAGAGGGCUCCAGGUGGUUGAGCACUGCUGCAGCAUCACCAGCCUGCAGCUCGGGAUUAUGCCAAGAAUCGCACGAGACAUGGAUGCCCACUCAUUCCGCGAGCCGCGUGGUGUGUGUGCGGGCAUCGCUCCGUUUAACUUUCCUGCCAUGAUUCCGCUCUGGAUGUUCCCAGUUGCCUUAGUGUGUGGCAAUACCUACGUUUUUAAGCCAUCGGAGCGAGUUCCCGGAGCGACUAUGAUGCUAACGGAAAUGCUGAUGGAUGCCGGAUGCCCCAAAGGCGUCGUCAACGCUAUCCACGGACAGCACGAAGCCGUCAACUUCAUCUGCGAUCAUCCGGAUAUCCGUGCCAUCUCGUUCGUGGGAUCUGAUGCAGCGGGUCGUUACAUCUACGAGAAAGGGUCGUUAAACGGCAAACGAGUCCAGUCCAACAUGGGAGCCAAGAACCACGGGGUGAUUAUGCCAGAUGCGAACAAGGAGAGUACCCUAACACAGCUGGUUGGGGCAGCAUUUGGCGCAGCUGGUCAGAGAUGUAUGGCCCUAAGCACAGCCGUAUUCGUCGGGGAAGCCAACAACUGGUUACCGGAACUGGUCGAAAAAUCCAAAAAACUCCGCGUGAAUGCCGACACACAUAGCCAAAGCCGAUUUGGGACCCGUGAUAUCCCCCGAGGCUCAGAACGCAUCUGUGGCCUAGUUCAGACCGGCAUCGACGAGGGAGCUAAUUGUAUCCUCGACGGUCGGGAUAUUGUCGUGCCGGGAUAUGAGGAACGGAAUUUCGUGGGGCCGACCAUUCUCUCUGGGGUUAAGCCCAAUAUGACCUGUUACAAGGAGGAGAUAUUCGGGCCGGUCCUGGUGGCUCUUUCUGUCGACACUCUGGACGGGGUUAUCGAGAUCAUCAACGCUAAUAGGUACGGCAACGGGACGGCCAUCUUCACUACCAAUGGGGCCACGGCCAGGAAAUUCACCAACGAUAUUGAUGUCGGUCAAGUCGGCAUCAAUGUCCCCAUACCAGUUCCUCUGCCAAUGUUUUCGUUCACGGGUCGAGGCUCGUUCCUGGGCGAUGCUAACUUCUACGGAAAGGCGGGCAUCAACUUCUACACACAGCUGAAGACAGUGACUCAGAUGUGGAGGGAGGCCGACGUCACACCCACACAGUCCGCUACCGCCAUGCCUGUGAUGCGCUGAAUAACGACGCAUCACAACAGCCACACAGUCUAAUACGACCCUAGUAGAGAUGCGCUGACAGCAAGAACACGCCAUUUUACCCACACCAGAGACGUGAUGACAGUACCAACACACCAUGACACACCACACACACACAGCACAGUUCCUACACAGUCACACCAUAGCCUUAAGUCACAACUACUACCGUGAAUCUUGCCGACUGUGAGAACCUAGAGAGUAGGGUCUUAUAUUGAACACCAAUGAACUUAUUUAAUUAAUUGGUUUUUACACUUAAGUUGUUCAAAAUCUUUAGUUCAAUACUUUAGUUACAUUCCAUUUGUGUUAUUAAAGAAAAGUUAUGGAAUAUUUUGUUUCUAAAUUGUAAAAAACAAAAUUAAAAUUACUUAAUUUAUGAAGAUGUAAAAUUACUCCCAAAAUAUGGCCUUAAAUUUUAGGUUCUAUGUAAAAUAAGGCCAUAAUUUUAGGUAUUUAAGUUAGUCCCAAUAUUACAGUCCCUUCCUCUACCUUGAGCAAAUAUAAUUACAAUUAUAAUCCCUUUAAACUAAUGCAAUACAGGUCAUUUUGUAGUUUAAAUACAGGUCAUUUUGUAGUUUAAUUACAGGUCAUUUUGUAGUUUAAUUGCAGGUUAUUAUGUAGCCUAAGUACAGGUAUUUUGUAGGUCUAAGUACAGGUCUUUUUGUAGGUCUAAGUACAGGUCAUUUUGUAGUCUAAAUACGUGUGUCAGACCCUAUUGAAGUUAAUUAUGUAGAUGAACAAAUAUAUGGUAUUUUUAACUACUGACCUAAGAUAUAAAUUAUACAAAACUUACACUAGUUUCUUGAAGUAUGAAAUGGUUGGUUAAUAAAUUUAAAAGAAAA